CACCACCGAGCUGUCUUUCAGCAUCUUUGCUCCGACGUACAACGUUUCGUUUCCCGGUGAAAUCAUCGUUGGAGAGAUGGGCGACUCGUUCCUGCAGAACUGGCGCAACGCUUGGUUGUCGCGUACCUUCUUCCGCGGCUUAGACAUUAAGAUCGCCUUUUCGGCCAUCGAGACAUUGGCAUUCUCUGUGGACGUCGAGCAUCUGUGGGACUACAUCUUGCUGCCCUACGCCUUCGCGUUUCCCUACUACGACAUGAACGCCAUGGCGUCCAUCAACUACGGCGGGUUUGGCACACAGGUGGCCUUCGCCUUGGGCAAGAGGCUUCACAACGCGUACAUUACCGCGGACUCCGGGGGCACCUCGUUCAGCACAUUCCUGUCGUGUAUCUCGAACGUCUCGCUUUCCGUCGAGUAUAAUGAUGACGCUGUCUUAUUCGCCGAGGUCGUCUCUCUGGGCGCCGUAGUCGACACAUACCGCAACUCCAGCGAUGGCCGGCGCCUCGUCCUCUUGGAACGCCUGACGGGCGAACAGCUGCUCUUCGUCGCCAUUUGCUACGCCAAGUGCAUCGGCAGCUACUACGUCGCCGACGACUCUAUGUGCGACGCGGUGCUGCAGAACGUGCCGGAGUUUUCGGAAGCCUUUCGUUGCGCGCGGGGAACACCCAUGAACCCGCGCAAGCGGUGCAUGCUACUUUGAUGGAAGCCGCUUGUUUGGGGACGUAUUCAUGACUAAUUAUAUACAAUACGUGCUAGAUCAACAUAAAACAUUCGAUUAUACAUAUAUAGUGGGUUAAAUAUUCUCAAGACUCUUGUGCUGGUUGGGAUAACGCACAAUGCGCGCAGUGGAGCAACGCCAUGCUUGUGGCUCCUUCGGACGGCGUGCUUGAAAAG